CUAUAAAAUGAAGAAAACUUUACACGGGAUUUAUGAGUGUGCGUUGGUCCAGAAUUUUGGAGUAUUCAGCGCAAAUAGGUUAUCGCUGAGAAGGAAUUACAACACAGAACCUAAAAUCACCGAAAAUGACAAACAAAUCAAGCAUCCCUACCAAAAUUUACACCCUUGGAAAUCCAUUAAUGAGUUUUCUAAGCACCUGCUGGAUAACGUCCUUUAUAAUGACGGUGGUGUAGUUGUUCUUAAUAAACCAUAUGGUAUAUCGAAUAAACUCCCAAAAGAUGCUACUCCAGAUUCAAGCUGGAACCUGGACGUCGGCAUACCAAAUGCCGUUGACUAUACUUUGGCCCAAGUUUUACCGAACAUAUCAAAGGAACUUGGGUAUCCAUCACUGUCGAUCGUAAAGUCACCUGAAAAGCAUACCAGCGGGGUUGCGAUCCUAGCCGACACUGAAGCAACGACUAAUGCCGUGCUGAAGUCUCUAGCUCGUGCUCAGUGUGCUAAAAUUUUCUCAAACACUUACUGGAUUGUAACAACUAAAUUACCCAGAAGCAAUUGUGGACAAUUGAACUUAGCUAUCACAAAAAAGGAGAGCCCUUGUAGAAGUUACAAACAGCCCAUUAUUCUGACUGAAUGGGCAAAAAAUGAUGUCAAAAGAGGUGUGGUUAAGACAUUUGACGUUUCCUAUCGCAAAAUUUCAAAUUCCCUUGACAAUUUAUCGUCUUUAAUGGAAAUUAAGUGUUUCACUGUGAAGUGGCAUGCGAUUCGAGUGUUCGCUUCGACAGUUUUAUUGAGUCCGGUCUUGGGUGAUAAUAUACACGGAUCUCGAGUGAAGAAAAUUCUAGGAAAGUAUCUGCAGAUCAGUCCGUUUGUAGACGCUGCGAAAGAACUGCCGAUACUAGAACCGGCACUUUUGAAAAAACUGAAUUUAUCAUCGGAGCAAAGGAUCAUAAUUCCACCGCACAUACAUUUGCGUGAAGUGAUACUCCCAUCUUUCCCUACACGCGGAAAGGAGGUGAAAUUUGUAGCGCCAUUGCCUACCGGUUUUGAAUGGACUUGUCAGCAGCUGCAAUUCCGAAUACCUACCGAGAGUGAAGAAACUCCACCUGAACAGUACCUGGUUGCCUCUCAAUAAGUCUACAUCUUCCAUAGAAAUUUGAAUCUUAAACUAAAUGCCAGCAAACUGAUCACGUACCCAAAAUAUUAUUGUAAAUAGAAAUUAGUGAGAAAUAACAAUAAAGAAAAUCAGUUUCUAA